AUGUUAUUCUUCCGCUAUCCUCUGACCCUCCACUUACUUGUUUACGUUGUUGAAUGGACGAAUAAAGGAGUCUUUGUCUAUGAAACAUCAUUACUAGGGCUCUAUGUCAUCACAUUAUUUGUGAAUGUGUCUAUUUUCGCAUAUCUCGGUAAAUCAAUAUCGGCGGCUAAAUUCGUCUGGGGAAAAAGCCCUUCGCAUCUGUGGUUUUCUAUAGCAUUAGCUUUCAUUCGUAGUUUUCCAAGACCCAAAAUUGAACCUGCUAAGCAUGCCAGCGAAUACUGCAUUUGUAAUUGUCGCAAGUCAAGGCCCACGCUGAUUUACCUGUGCUUUUCCAGGAGUUCAAUGCACUUCAUUUGGUCCUGUGUGGAAGUAAAAGAGAGUUCCAGAUAUAAGUGGCGCAAACGUUCAUUUGUAAACGCCAAGCAAACCUUCAGUAGAGGAAAGACCUACUACGAACGCUAUAAACAUUUUGCUGAAAUAAUAUUUCUCUAA